AUACUCAGUGUAAAUUAGGGUUUGGGGGUUUUAAGGGUUUAGAACUGAAGAAAAAAAAUUUGAGUUAAGUUGCAGAGCAAGUGUGGAAGCAAUGGAACAGGGUUUUAAAGGGGAUCCAAGUCAGGCAACUUUUUCUUUUGUUGAUGAAGAUCACACUCUUGCCAACUCUGUUAGAUUCACAUUGAAUCAAGAUCCGAGGGUAUCAUUCUGUGGAUACAGUAUUCCUCAUCCCUCAGAUGCUCGAGUUAAUAUUAGAGUUCAAACAACAGGUGAAUCAGCAAGGGAAGUAUUGAAAGAUGCAUGCCAGAAUUUGAUGUUCAUGUGCCAGCAAGUUAGGAGCACUUUUGACAAAGCUGUUGACAAUCAUAAGGCAAACAUUCCGAUAGAUAUGGAUCAUAAAACAAAUAACUCCAAUGAAAUGGAAACAAGCAGCAGCAGCAGCGAGUGAAACUGGUAUCGUUGUUGUUAAUUGGGAAUAUAACCUUCAUUUUUUAUAGUAUUGAAGAAAUGCAAUGUAAAUGUCUCUGUUCCAUCAUGAUUUAUCAUGAUUGGUGCUUCAUCUAUGAUCUUAUUCUAUUUUUACGUUACUCUUUUGUAGAAUCAAAUAUAUUUAUUUUGACAAUCAUGAGACAGCAGUGGCGGAACCUGGAUUAUUA